UAUUGAUUCAAUGAUAAAGUUUUGGCUUUUACUUUUAGUAGAAUUAUUUCUUGUCAAUAAUCUAAAUUUGACUGGACAUAUUAUUCUAGUACAACUUGAUUAAAUGAUGUUAGGAAACUUUUUAAUUUAUUCCAUUUAUGAUCCAAGCUUUUCUAUAUUAUCAGCAAAGAAUUGGAGAUCAUCAUUAUAUCUCCGUCAGGUCCAAGUAUCGGGAAAUAUUUCUAUUCCUGAUAUCUGAGAAAUAUCUGACAUUAAUUAAAUUACAUUCUGUAAUUGUUUCAACCUUGAAUCACCUUGUUAUUUUGAUCACUAUUUCAAUAGAUGUCAGAGUUAGUUGACAGUGAAGCGGAGGUAGGGACGGAUGAGGAACUUGAUAAUAUGAGUGGAAGUGGGGACGAGGGGGCCAGGCCGCAGAUCAGUGAUGACGAGGAAGAGGAAGAGGGGAAUAUGAAUGAAAUACCAAAAGACAUGGAGGAUUUUGUUGUGAAUGAUGGGCAGAACUCUGACGACGAAGAAGGAGAGGUCCUUCAAAAGAAAAAGAAGCGACGGAGACAUCUUUCGGAGGAGGAGCUGACUGAUGAUGAUUAUGAUUUGCUGCAAGAAAACCUGGGGGUAUCAGUAAAACGAAAGAAGUACACUAGGGUUCGACUGGAGAGCAGUGACGAAGAGGAGGGAAAGCAGCCGGGAGACGACAGAGAUGCCCUGGCCAGGGAGUUGUUCGAGUCUGAAGAUGAGGAGCCCGUUGAGGAGAGGGAUCAGAGUCAAGAGGUGGACAAAACACCUAGCAACAGAGUAACACUGGACAAUGUGGUGUCAGGUGACAGUGACACCGAGGUUGAUGACUUUAUUGUGGAUGACAAGGGGCGACCUGUAAGGACGGAAGAUAGAUCCCACUAUGGCAGUGCCAACAGUGCGCUUCGAGAGGCUGAAGAAAUAUUUGGUGAUGGGUUCGAUUUUGAUAAAGUACAAGAAGAGAUGGAAGAAGAAUUUGAUGAAGACGAAGAAGAUGACUACGACGAUGACCUCGAUGGUGGCAUUGACGGUGGACGGAGAAAACGAAAAAAGAAAAAGGCAGAGGUCAAUAUCUACGAUAUCUAUGAGCCGUUUGAUCUUGAAAAGGGGCACUUUACAAUGCAAGAUCACGAGAUUAAAAUGACAGACUUACCCGAGAGGUUCCAGUUGCGGUCUCACCCUGUGGAACAGGCUGACGAUAUGGAACUGGAGCAGGAAGCUGCUUGGAUAUUCAACCAGGCAUUCAACACCCGACCAGUUUCUUAUCAGGGUGACGUGGACGAGUUUGGAGAGAUUAUGAUGUGGACCUCCAAACCAAAAUCUGCUGAGGGUAGGAUCAAGGGGGUGCUCAAACUUAUCAGAAACGAUAAAUACGAGGUUGCUUUCAUUGCUACUUACAGAAAAGAGAUUAUUCAGGACGAUCUGACGGUAGACGAUUUAUACAAAAUUUAUGCUUGGGACGAGAAGUGGAUGAGGCUGAGUAGAAGGAAAAAGAAAUUGAAGAAUCUCAUGAUGAAGGUACAGCAGUAUCAGUUUGAACGGACUAAAGAAUCUGCCUACAUCAGAACGGAACGCAUUCUUGAAGCUGAGGACAUUGACAGAGUUGAUACGAUACAAACAGUCGAGGAGUUUAACGAUGUCAACGCACACUUUACCCUUUAUUAUAGUUCAGAUAUUAUUGACCUUCAGAACCUCGCAAAAGCUAAUGCUACCCUUGAUGGUUUGGGUACAGCAGACCAGUGCAAACUGAGUCAAAAGAGGAGCAACUACAAAAUGUGCCAAGAGAAGAACUUGGGAACCCUUGUUGAAAGAUUCGGUCUCACAGCACGGCAGUUUGCAGAGAAUCUCAGUGAUCAGUAUAACCGACACUCAGUGGAACAGUUCACCCUCAUGCCAGAAGAAACGGCUGCUGAGUUUACAGACAAGAGGAGGUUCUGUGACGAAGCUAAGGUUCUUGAGGGUGCUAGGUACAUGAUAGCAUGUCAGCUAUCUGCUGAACCGAGUGUGAGGUCGUGUGUUCGACAGGCAUUCUACGAGCGUGCUCUACUCACCGUUACCCCAACUCAACAAGGAGUAAGGGAGAUUGAUGAUCUUCAUCCUUAUGCUAAAUUCAAGUUUAUAAAGGAUAAACCUGUCAAGGAUCUAACCGGAGAAGAGUUUUUGAAAAUGUGGGGUGCUCAAAAGGAUGGUUUUGUGAAACUUUCUCUUUCAAUCUGUGAUCGUGGCUCAAAAGACAGUUACUUUGAGGAGAUAAAAAUGUUUUUCUACAGAGACGAGUUCAGCAAACUUGUGCAGACCUGGAACGAACAAAGAACAGAAGCUCUUGGUCUUGCACUCAACAAGAUGCUUUACCCAAUGUUCGAACAGGAACUCAUUCAAAAGUUAAAGGAAGAAGCCGCAAACCAUUAUCUUCAGACAUGUAAGAUGAAAUUAAGGAGGUGGUUGCAGAUGGCACCCUACACUGUUGAGAAUAUCGACGAAUCAUCUCAAGUUCCUGGCAUAAGAGUCUUAGGAAUUUACAUAGACUUAAACGAAAUGGAUAAACCUGCGUACGGAAUACUGAUCAAUGGGGAAGGGGAAGUGGAAGAAAUGAUAACUCUACCCUAUUUUAGGUACAGUCAUAGAGGAACUAGCCAAAGUCGUGACCUGACAAAAGGAAAGGUCGCCGAUAUAGAGAAGCUCAAAGAUUUUAUACUGGAGCACAAACCACAUGUUAUUGGACUGCCAUGUGAGGGCAGAUCUAUGUUCUAUCAGAAGGAUCUACAAGAAAUAGUGACUGCGUUAGAACAACAGCACCAGAUAGAUCCUAUUGCUAUUGAGUUAGUCGACCCUUCCGUCGCUAAACUGUACAAAGAAACCACAAGAUCUAAGACAGAAUUUCCGAGCUACAAACCUGAACAAAAGAUGGCAGUUUCAAUAUGCAGAAGGUUGCGGGAUCCUUUGGUAGAGUUUUCUCAGCUCUGUAACUUCAACAACGAUAUUUUCAACCUUCCUUGGGGAGCACUUAAAAAGUUUAUAAGCCCGGAGCGAUUAAAGGAGUGCCUGUAUGAAGAGUUUAUGACUCGUGUGAACGAAGUUGGAGUAGAUCUAAACUUUGCAGUGGAACAUUACCACUACCAAUCUUUGGUUCAGUUUGUUUGCGGACUUGGGCCUAGAAAAGGAGAUGCACUUCUUAAACUUUUAAAGCAGAAUAAUGAGAAUCUAGAAUCGAGAGCGGCGUUGGUGACCAAUUUCAAACUAGGUGGCCGAGUUUUCUUGAAUUGUGCUGGCUUUAUCAGGAUAAAUCACGCCCGAGAUGACUCAUUGAAUACAGAGAAUGUGCAAUUGUUGGACUCUACUAGAAUCCAUCCAGAGACCUACAUCUGGGCCACAAAAAUGGCGAUCGAUGCUCUUGAGUACGAUGAUGACGAAGAGGAUUCAAAUAUCAAACAAAGAGCCAUUGAAGAGACAAUGGAAGACCCAGAGAAACUAAGAGAUCUUGACCUUGAUGCUUUCGCUAUCGAACUUGAGCGUCAAGAAUAUCCAGACAAGCGUAUCACACUAUACGAUAUAAGAGACGAGUUGACCAACAGAUACGCUGACAAGAGGGUCCCGUAUCAUGCUCUAACUGACGAGGAACGAUUUUAUCUCUUGUCUAAUGAGACUCCAGAGACGUUUACGGAGGGUAUAAUAACGUUGUGUAAAGUAUUCGCAAUAGCGCGACGAAAGCCGAAGGGAGACGAGCCAGAUAUUCAGCCAAAAAGGAAUGAAGAGAACGGAAUGUGGCAGUGUCCACUCUGUCUGAGAGACAAUUUCCCCGAACUUAGCGAAAUUUGGAACCAUUUCGAUACUACAGGAAGUUGCCCUGGACAAGCAGUUGGAAUUCAUGUGAGGCUAGUAAACGGCCUUAAAGGCUUCAUUGCUACUAAAAACAUCAGUGAUAGCAGAAUCACUAAUCCUGAGGACAGGAUUAAGAUAAACAUGCAGAUAAACGCGAAAGUUGUAAAGAUUCUGUUCGAUAAAGUUACUGUUGACUUGUCUUGUAAGUCCUCUGAUCUAAAUUCCAUCGGGAUUGCUAAGGACCUUUAUUACGACAAGGAGGCUGCCGAGAAACUGAAGCAGGCUAAAAACGCAAAGAAAAACAAGAAAAUGAAAGUUAACCAGUACAUCAACAGAAUCAUAGUGCAUCCCAACUUCAAGAACGUUACAUAUGCAGAGUGCGAGAAGUUGUUGGCAGACAAAGAGCAGGGCUCCGUUCUCAUAAGACCGUCCAGGAAAGGAACCCAGUUCCUUACUCUCACUUGGAAGGUUGACCAACAGAAUAACAUCCUAUCUCACGAAGAGAUACUUGAGGAGGAGAAAGAUAACCAGUUUUCGUUGGGGAAAAAACUCAGAAUCAGUGAUGAGGAGUUCGAGGAUUUGGAUGAAGUCAUAGCUCGAUAUGUUGAGCCAAUGGCCAAAAACGCGCGGGAUAUUAUCUCCUUCAAGUACUACAAGAGCUCUACGACCACAGAGACAAUGAAUAUGCUACUUAAGAAUGAUAAAGCCCUAACUCCUAACCGCAUACCGUACUACAUGACAGCAUCUGCCAAAAGGCCAGGCAGAUUUAUGUUGUCGUAUAUGCCUGGUACAAUGCCGCGACACGAGCCUGUCGGAGUCUCUCACAUAGGGUUCAAGUACCGCGGCAAGGUCCACACCAAUUUCGGAUCUCUCAUUCGAUGGUUUAAGGAACACUGGAGCGACGCCCCUCCGAUCAGAUCAUCCAAAGCGAUGAGCGCUGUUGGAGCAAAAUCAGCCGUAACCGACUACACCGCUGACUUCACUGACUUUACAGAGCCUUUCCAAACUCCCAGGUCGGGGGCGUUCUCAGACGCAGCCUCAGUCUACAGUGGAGGCACUUCUCUACGAACACCAGGUCACAAGACACCUAUCCUAACUCCUGGAGUAACACCCAACUAUCGGAACACACCCGGCGCUCAAACACCUGGGGCUCGAACACCUGGUGCCAGAACUCCUGGUGCCAGAACUCCUGGUGCCAGAACUCCUGGAGGAAGAACCCCUGGUGCCAGAACUCCUGGUGUUACAACUCCUUAUGAGGGUGGGAGGACUCCUGGAGGUCGUACUCCUGGAAGCAGAACUCCUGGACACCCUCCGCCGAGCGGAAGGACACCAUCCGGGGGCAGAACCCCCGGCUAUCCUCCUCCUGGAGGCCGAACACCUGGAUCAGUUGCUAGAUCACCUGCUGGAGGUAGAACCCCUGGGCAUUUGACACCCGGCAGCAGAACUCCUGGACACGGCACCCCACAAGGAGGUCGAACUCCGGGACACGGCACCCCACAAGGAGGUCGAACUCCCGGACACGGCACCCCACAAGGAGGCAGAACUCCUGGACACGGCACCCCACAAGGAGGAAGAACUCCUGGACAUGGUACUCCUCACGGCAACCGAACCCCAAGCGGCAUGCCUCCUCCUUCAUCUGGUUCGAGGACGCCUGGAGGACGAACCCCUGGUCACCACACACCCGGUUACCACGCCAGCAGGACUCCUGGACAGAGGACUCCCAGACAGGAUACCUAUCUUCAAGGCUAUUCAAGCAGCAAGAGUCCCCAUCCUUCACAUCCAAGUCCGCAUCAUCCGAUGAAGAGCCCACAUCACGGCCGACACCAGUACCCCUCUCCAGGAAGACCUGGAUCCAGGACCCCGAUGUCUCUUAUGGAACCAGUUCCUCCUCAGUCAAGCCCAAGGCCAAGAACUCCUGUUGCUUGAUGAAUGAACAACCUCGGUUACGGAAUAGCACCACGACCGUCCCCAAGUCUGACAGUCCCCCGAUAUUCGCUCUCACAGUCAUAUCUUAUGAGAAUCAUUAUUUUCAACGUAAACUGUAUUUACACGAGACUUAUUUGGUACAACUACAAACUAGAACUACAUACACUGGAAAAAGAUUGACACGCGUAUUAUGCAUAUUAAAUGGGGUAGUAUGUACUCUUGAUCUUCAUAGACAUUAGACAUACACUUUUAAAGACAGUCUGUUGAUUAAACUCUGUCGGAGUUACCCAGCAAAACCUUUUUGCUAACGGGUUUAUAGUUUUAAUAUUUUUUUUGGUGAUUAUCAGUUUUUAUAUAGAAUAUGUUACAAUUCAUUUUAACACUUUCUGUCCACUA